UUUCGCCGUCUGUAAAAAUCUUUAAAGAUACACGUACGCGUAAAAGUGAUGCGAUAAAUUUAAAUGCAGGUAAUUCCGUAUCGUUCCCCCUGUCGGUUGUAUCUAAAUUUAAAAUAUUCGACCGAUAUGAAUGUGAGAAAAUAUAGACCAACCAUGACGAACUCGAUAAUUGAUAGUUUUUGCAUGUAUUUAUUCGAACAUAUACUGUGUAACGAGUCCAACGUAAUCAUCUUAAAUUCAGUUAUAUUUAACAUCGAAAAUGUAACCUUCGAAUAUAAUUAUCAUCUUCGUAGACUAGUAAAAUUUGCAUACGAGGAUGUCUUGAACCUUAGAUUUACAGACAAAUCACACGAUAUUUUAAGCUUCUUCGACAUAAUACAGCUCGAACAAUUGAUCGCUCAAAUGAAAAAGGGCAAACAAUUGUUUAUCGAUACGGUAAUUUACUCGAAAAACAAGCAUUUCAGAGUAUAUAAAUCGACUAAAUGGAAAAGACACACAAAGAAAACAAAACCGACACUCGAAAUCUCGAAUGUGAAAUAUAUUCCAUAUGAUGAAUACCGUGAUAAGGAAUUAAACAUAUUUGUAGAUUCUUUAAUAGCUUAUUUUCCAAUCAACAGAGAUAUAUAUAUAUAUAUAUAUAUGUUGAAAAUAUCCAAUAUUGACUGA